ACCUUUCCCCGCCCAUCAGCCCACCGGCCCGUUUGUUGCUCCCAGAGCUAGUUGCUCCGGUCCCCUUCUCUACCUUUCCACUUUCAAAGCGAAGAAAGAGAGGUUCGCUGGUUUCGCGGUUUCGCCAGUUUCGCUGGUAUCGCGAGAAGUCAGUUGGAGCGAUCUCAGCUGAACUUGGACGAGCGAAGAACUGAGCUGAGCCAAGUUGUGUUCGUUGCACCGGUAUCUCCUUGGACGCAGUUUCAAUGGAGAGGCGUCAGACGAGCUCUCCCGAGCUGGAGAGUGACACUGAGGUACUGACACCGUCUGAUGACCUCGUUUUUAUAAGCCAAGAGACGUUGAAUCACAUCUUACGAGAGUUGCCUGUGGACGUCCUCAACGUUGAACGCCCCCUGGAUGCAAGUGCCAUUACAGAGACCGGCUAUGAGCUCAUCAGAGAUGCCGUGGAGGCGACGGAUACAUUGGCUUUGCCUCUCCACAUGAAUCCUGUUGAACCGCUAGUGGAACCACCGCACUUGCUGGAGUUGCGUCCAGUGAACGGCUUCAUGCAGCAGCCAGGGAACGAUCCGCACAACCCAAGCACCAAGGAGUUUCGUGGGGAUUAUGGCUUCUACGUCAAUUGUGCUCGCCAAGAGAAGCUGGCAAAGAGUGCCAACUACACGUACGACGAGCAUCAUCGCAAGCUGUUCGUAAACAUGAAUGUGGUCUGCCCCUUCCACGUGCACGUGGACAAGGUCCCUCCUCUGGGCACCACUCUGCGUGUCAUGGCGGUCUACGCUAACCCCAACGAUGUCCGCAGCGUAGUCAAGCGGUGCCUCAUCCACAUGGAUCCUUAUAACGCAACCAACUCGAAGUCAAUCAUACCAGCGGUCCACGUGAUCCGUUGCGAGAGCCCGUGUGCGGCGUACAAGGAGGACCCCACCACGGGCCGACAUAGCGUCGUUAUUGAGUACAACAACCCCGAAGCUGGCAUGGGCUACAGGGUAUACCACUACAGGUUCAUGUGCCUCAGCUCGUGUAGCCACGGAGAGGGCAUGAACCGACGCCCCAUCAAGAUCAUCUUCACCUUGGAGCAUGGGAACUGCGUCCUGGGAAGGUUGUCGAUGGAUGUCAAGAUCUGCCGCUGCCCAGGCAGGGAUCGGCGCAACGAGGAUAAGAGCCGCCUCCCCCCCACCUCCUCCACCGACCAGGCGAAGGGACAGAAAAAACGCAAGCCUAACGGCAAGAGUACAGGGAUCGAAGUCCCCCCCAAAACAAAGAAACUCUCACCGAGCGAUACGGAAAACGACCAACAAGGCAUCUUUCAACUCCAGUGCUCCUCGCGGGCCAUUUUCGACGCACUGAGGCCCAUCAGAGAUGCGUUGGAGUUCUACAGCACGCAGCAUGUUGACGGCAGAUGGCUUGCUGGGCCCAGCGGCAGUCCAGGGGUGAAGUUGGAGCCCUCAGAGGAAGACUCCGACGAAACCCCCGAAUGAAGAUAUAUUUUUUUUAACUUCAUUUUUAGUCGAUGCUUGCUGCACAUGUACUUGUUUCCCCCUUUUUUUUCUUCUCUUUUUAGUGAAGCGGCAUCAGCAAAGCAUCAUCCCAUAUUUUUACGAUUGUGCUUGUACGCAUUGUUACGUGUCUCAUGUCAGACAUGAGUAGUGUCUAGGUUGGCGGUGUUUUUCACUGCUACUUUGAGCACUCUGUCAUGCCAAAAUGUUGGUCUCAUUUACCAUUAUUUUUCAUAUUAUCUGCAUCCGUGUGCAAUGUUUUAUUUUGAUACUCUGAGGGGCACUUGCUGGACAAUGUUCUUUGGGGUGUUUUACAAUGCUCGCCGAAAUUUCCCUGCACCAGAGGAGGGAACCAGUGUUGAUGAAAGAAACGAAAAUCGUGCAACGGUUCACAUCACUUAAAUUAUUGCUACACUGCCAUGUACCUGCCAAGCAGCAAAAAUUCCAUGCCUUGCAGUAUUUGCCAGACAGUACGUUUGUAUCUGCCGAUCUUGAAGGGCAUACACUUCACCAGAUUGUCAUCUUUUUUUAAUUUAUAAAAAGGCAAAGCCCCCAAAUCUGCAGGGUACUUAAGUCAGUUGUCUGGGCUCUUUUGUUUCUCUCAUGCGUUCACGCAUUUUUACUUGCAUGUUUACCUGGGCUAUGCUUAAGUAGUAUUGGCCUGCCCAGUUUUUCAUGCAAUACUACGUCUCUGUGGCACCUCCCCGUGAGAUGUUGAAGUUUUCGUAGCUCAACCUUGUUGCCAGCAGAGACCAGUGCCUUAGUGUGUAAAGCAUAGACGAGGGAGGAAGAGGGCAGUGCUCAAAUCAUGGUCAUGCAUAAAUGUAUUAGUCAGCUGUGCUCAAAUUGUACUCAAACAAGAAAGCCUAUAAAGAGUCACUCGAACGAUCCCGAGGAAUACCCAACGGGAAGUUUUGGUAGCGCCCAGGUUCUUGAGAACAAAGACUGUGAAUGCAUGGCUUAGAUAAGAACAGUUGUCCUCAGGUUUGGUAUCCCCGUAUGACUGUGAUGGUUUUGUAACACUGCACUGUUAAGAAGGCAAUAAAUCAAGUUUUUUGCUAUCAA